AUGCCACUCAUGCUCAAGCAGGUACCCCAAAAGGGGUACUAUUUAGCGUGCAUUUAUUAUGCUCCGGAAAGUAGUUUCCGUUUCAUGGAGCGGAGUCAUUACGGCGUGGGUUGCCGUUUCCAUGCGCGGAUUUCGCUAAGUGCAACUCACAACGGCGUGCUCGGUUUCUCUUUCCGCGAACAGCCACUAUGUAUGGAGCCCGACAAUUCACUCCAGUAUAAAAGAGUGCCGAUCGCCACGAAAAAAGAUAAAAACUAUUCAGACCAUAUCAUGUCCUCGCCCGUCUCAUACACAUUCCAUCCACAGAAAAAAGCCACACUUGUGCUUGCUCCGUUUUCCGGAGGCCAGCCGAAAGGCGGAGUCGAGUUGGGUCCAGAAUACAUACUAAAACACGGCUUCGAGAACCAAGUGAAAGCGUUGGGCUGGGAAACGGAAAUCGCCAACCCAUUGCAAGACGCCGACUUUGAAGAAAAAAAGUCCGAGGCCAGAGAUGCUUUCGGGGUCAAAAACACCGUCAUCGUCAGCGAAUGCAACAAGAAAAUUUACGAUGCAUGUCUCACUGCUCACGGCUCGGGAAGAAUGCCCGUUGUCAUUGGAGGAGACCACUCCAUUGGCACUGCUACUGUCGCAGCAGCUUUGGAAAGUGACCCAGACACAUGUGUAUUGUGGAUCGAUGCCCAUGCCGAUAUCAACUCGCCAAAGACCUCUGAGUCGGGAAACUUGCAUGGUUGUCCAGUGUCGUUUGUCAUGGGCAUCGACAGGGAUUCGUAUCCUCCUGAGUACGGCUGGGUGCCUGCCAAAUUGAAGCCCAACAGAAUUGCAUACAUUGGAUUGAGAGAUGUGGAUGCUGGCGAACGCAAAAUCUUGAAAGACUACAACAUCACAGCCUUUUCCAUGUACCAUGUUGACAAGUACGGCAUUGGCAAGGUGGUGGAAAUGGCGUUGGACAAAAUCAACCCAGACAGAAAGUUCCCUGUCCACUUGUCGUACGACGUUGAUGCCAUUGACCCAUCUUUUGUUCCUGCCACAGGAACAAGAGUGGAAGGUGGCUUGUCCUUGAGAGAGGGAUUAUUUAUUGCUGAAGAUGUGGCGCAAACGGGGCUCUUGAAGUCUUUGGAUAUUGUCGAGACAAACCCGUUGUUGGGAGAAAACGACGACCACAUUUUGGACACGGUGAACGCUGCCUGUGCCAUUGGCCGGUGUGCGUUGGGCGAAACCUUGCUCUAG